AUGUCGCUGCUCGCCACCUCCACUGGAAGAUUACAUACCAUGGCUGGUGAGAUUAUUUCGCCUGGAAUCUCCGGAGUUGCUCUACGCAUCGGCUUAUCUGGACCGGCUGCAUCAUUCACGACGAAGGCCAAGGGGAAUACAGCGAUGCACCUCACAUCGCCUGGCAUUGGCGGCUAUUGUUGUUGCCCACAAGUACUUACGGGACAGUAG